ACGCAAAGUUAUAGCAAUGGCCAUCUGCCCUAUCAUUGUUCGUUUUAGUACUUAGUGUGUGCGCUCGAUGCAUGACAUGGCGUGUGAAUUUGGGUGCGCAGUAAGGAUGGGCAGUAACAAUUAGCACGAACGUCUUUAAAAGCCAAGUAAAUGUGUCCUUGAUGGCACACAACAGAUGCCCUGAGCAAAAUGGACUAAGGAUGAUUGACAAUCAGUCAACAUUUCCCAACAUUGAUUAGGGGGGAAUGGGGAUACCUGAUCCAGCUCAAGUGUCCCAGCUACUUUUGACCAAGAUUGUAGCUACAUUGCACAUUUUAUACUAAUUCAGUUGAGUAGUGUUAAAAUUGUGCUCUAUUGUAUUUAUAGUCAAAUGUUUUGUGUGAACAGGAGACUGAGAUGUCAAAGCACAAGAUGUUGCUAGUGCCUUGAAUUGUAUUCCAUACUUAGUUUAUAAUCAUAAAAAAAUUGACUUCUCUGUCAUCUGAAAAAUUUUGUCUUCCUGCAUAAUUAAGGUGCAUGAUUACUGUUACUUUUUUCUUACAAUAUAGCUCAUCUAUUCUACUUUUAGACUCGGGAAAAAAGUCUGUGAAAGUUUCUGUUUGAAACAUUUUGAUGACAACAUGACGAUUCAGAUAAUUCACCACGAUAACCUAAGAUCUGACCACAGCCUUGCAGUCAUGACAACUAAAAAUUCCUCUUCAGCAAUAUAGCAUAAUAUUUGUUUCCUCUUAAUACAGAGUGGUAAAGGUGAAUUAUUGGCCAAGGCUGCUAUGAAAAAUGAGUACAUCAAUCAAGUCCAGCUGACCAAACAGCAGGCAGAAGAAGAGCAAAGCAGAAUGGUGAAAGAAAAGCUCAAGCAAAAGAUGUGCUUGCAUAUGGAGAACAAGGAAGGUCAGAUUAAAGCACUCAUUGACCGUCUGCAUGCAAAGGAUGAACACAUCAAAGAAGUGCAGGAAAAGUUGAAGAAGAUUAUUAUAUGUCAUGCUAAAAAGGUGGAGGAGAAAAUUCAACAGAAGGAAGCACUGACCAAGGAGAAUCUUGAAUUACAUCGCAAAGCUCAAAUGGAGCGUCGACAAGCUCAUGAAAAACGCAUUCAAGAAGUGUUGGCUGCUUUGCAGGAGAGCAUCGAGAAGCACUCCAAGGCAGUUGAGAUGAGUUUACAGCAGAAGAUGGAAACAACAGCAGAAAAGCGACAAGCUCAGAUCCGCUUACUCCAAGAGAGACUGCAAAUCAAGUCUCAGAAGGUUGAACAAGCACGGCAGCUUGUGGAUGCACUGGUCCAAGAACAGAGUAAAGUUUGCCAGGAGAAGUUGAAGCAGAAGUUGGAACGAUCGGAGGAGAAACGCAAUGCACAGUUGAAAGCUUUGCAAGAAAGGCUUGAGGCCCACGACAAGCAUGUGGUAGAGGUUUGUCAACAGGUGAAGACACGGAGAGCAGAAAAAGCUCAGGGCUGAGAAAGAAUUGAAUACAAUGGUAACUUGCUAAUGGCAGAAUAAAACUCUCUCACCAAAUCAACUCCAAUGCCGUGCACAUGGUUGAGUUUACAAGUUUUCUGGCGAUUCAUUUAUUUGUUAUUGUUGAAAAGUAUCAUUAUUGGUACAUAAGUUCAUAUUUGUAUAGUUUUUCCAGAACUUGAAUUGCUAAAAAGUAAUGGAUAUUAUAUUGUGUAUUGUGUUUAUGAUUCUGGUAUAUUUCAAAGGUUUUGAGCGGAUUGUCUAUCAUUCCAAAUUUGUUUUCGAGAUAAAUAAAUAAAAUGAUAUUGAAGGAAAUGUAUGUAAUGUACUUGACUUUAAAAAAUAACUAUUCAAAGUGCCUAUGAAGUAAAAAAU